AUGAAAGCAUUUAACUCAUCCAUCUUUAUUGUCGUGAUCUUUGUACUACUUUCAUCUUCUAAAAAUGUCGACGUAAGUAUUUUAUUACUUAUCAAUUAUAAAUCUCAGAGUAUUUUUUAUUUCAAAAUAGUAAUUAUUAUUAAACCAAAAAUUAUAAAAAAAAAUUGUUUAAUUUUAAAGGCAUUCAAUCGCGAGUGUUGGAGACACGUGCAAUCAAAUUUUAUUAAAUUACGAUGUAGCACAGAUGCAGACUGUACUUAUUAUACAAAGUGCGUCGAUAAGAAGUGUGAAAAUCCAUGUAACAGUACAUGUCAGACGAACGAGCAAGUGUGUGUUGUCAGAUCACAUUCGGCUAGUUGCAAAACUCUUGGAGAUGCUGGUUGUCGUUUUAAAAAUGCCGGGAUAUUGUCAAGCUUAAGAUGUCCAAUCGGAGAGAGACCAACAUAUUACGAGUUCAGAAACUAUCAUCACAACACUAUGCGUUAUUUCUAUUUUUUUUAA